AUGUCAUCAGAACGUUCUAUUUCUCCGGAUCCUAUUGUUGAACGUCCCGGCAAAUCUAGAUCAGGUGGUUAUCGUGAAAAUCAAGAUGGACCGCCUUUUCAAGGAGGUGCUGCUUCUCUUCCACCUCAACAAUCAUCACGUGCUCCAAAGCGUUAUCGUGAAAUGAGUGGCAGUCGUAGCCGUUCACGAAGUAUAACAAGAAGUCGUUCGCCAAGUUUAAGCCAUAGUGGCACACGUUCACCACGUUCAGUUUCCCCCGAUCAUCUUGCGACGAAAACAAGUUCUCGCACAGGUAUAAAUAAUGUCAGUACUAUUGAGGGUGCAACAGCGGCUUCAUCGAAACAUCGCCAUGAACAUAGUUCUUCGUCAAAAAAGAAAAAAUCAAAACGUCGUAGUGGUAGUGCAGAAUUAGAACGAUAUGAUUGUGGUAUUUGCUUAGAAAAUGUUCCAAAUUCAAAACGAUUAUUUGGCAUAUUGGAUAAUUGUGAUCACGUGUUUUGUUAUGAGUGCAUUGUUGGUUGGAAACGUUCAAAAUACAGUAAUCAUGAAUCAGCUAGAAGCUGUCCGGUGUGUAAAACACGUUCAUCGUUCAUAACACCCAGUAAACAUUGGUUUGAAAACAAAGACGAUAAAUACAAAAUUGUGAAAAAGCAUAAAAAUCAUCUGAAAACAUUACCCUGUCGGUAUUAUCUUCGUCAUGGAUUUUGUCGUUUUUCUGAUCGAUGUUUGUAUGAUCAUCAUGAAGCGGCACGUCAAUAUCGUCAACAACAUGGUUCAGGUGGAAAUAGUCAUCAUGAAUAUCAUCGUUCACAUUAUUAUUCUCAAAGAUCACCGUCUCCACGUGAAUAUAGACGUCGUGAACAUCGUGAAAGAGUAUAUUAG